AUGGCCGAUGAAAGGCCCAAGGAAGGCGUCAAGACUGAAAACAACGACCACAUUAAUUUGAAGGUGGCAGCGCAAGAUGGUUCGGUGGUGCAAUUUAAGAUUAAGAGGCACACGCCACUUUCUAAACUAAUGAAAGCCUAUUGUGAACGACAGGGUUUGUCAAUGAGGCAGAUCAGAUUCCGAUUUGAUGAGCAACCAAUCAAUGAAACAGACACACCUGCACAGUUGGAAAUGGAGAAUGAAGAUACAAUUGAUGUAUUCCAGCAGCAGACAGGAGGGGCUUACUAAAAAGAGAACAUGCAACUGU